CAAAGGUAUGGAGGCAGGUGAGGACAGGUUGGACAAGAAAUAGGAGACUGGUCUAUGUUGGGGGAUGCUGGAAAACUAUGAGCAGUGGAGGUUGAGGCGACCCAGUGCGUGCAUGUUUAGCAGGACUUAAAACCAGUCAUGAGCCUGGGAAAUACAUAAUGGAAACUGAGUGGGAGGAUAUGUCACACACAUGGGCUAAAGUAGAGGAAGGACUUGACAUCAGUGAGGGUCUGGAGUGGGGACUUGGAAUAGAACUGGUCCCGACAUCUGAAAGAGGUUUGAAGGGAGGCUCAUUAUAUGGUCACUAGAUUGAUCUAGGAGAUGACUGAGGAGAUGUAGGAUGUCAAAAUCGACUUCCGGUCCUUUCAGCCAGUCUUCUGCUGAAUUGUAGUACUGGUAAUUUUAAUCUAGAAUUCUCAAGUAUAUUAAUGGGUCCUGGCUUCUAACCAAGCUGUCAGGCAGGUACUUAAAACCCAUGUUGAAGACUUGGGUACAGAGGUCUUUGGAAACAAGCCUUCUUAGCUGUUUGACGUUAGACAAUUUAUUUAAUGAUUGAGUCUUUUUUUUUUUUUUUUUUUUUUUUCCUGUAGAAGGGGUAAGUAAAUUUCUCAGUGGCAUUACAAAGAUUAAAUUGGUAGCGUGAGAAGGUGCUUGGGGUAUUGCAAGAUUCUAGUUUUCUCGUCUCCUCACUUUCUGAAAUCUAAGAAUUUUAUUCUUGCCUUUUGGAUCACGAUAAUAUUUUGUCUUGGUUGCAGGACUAAACACUCCACCAGCUUAUUGUUUCUAUCCUAUAUUUGUUUCUUACUGUUAAACAGUACAGAACAUUUACUAAUUCUCAGAACGAGUACUCCCAAAAUAGAGAGUGGCCCCAGGACUGGUUAAUCCAGCAAUUUCACGGACAUAAAUCAUUUCUUUCCCUCUCCCUUCCGCCACCCUCGGCCAUUGGCUUUAUAUUGAACUGCUUUCUUUCCAGCUCUAACUUGGCUGCCACCAUUCCAAUCUUUCCUGCUCCGGCAGAACUUGACUUUGUUUCCUUGGCCAGAACCCUGUCACAUACUUACCUCAACACCAAACUCUGGCAAGAGGCAGGUGACAACGAUGAUUGAUAAGCCAAUCAGGAUUUACCCUCUGAGGAUGCUUGGUCAGCCAAUCAGGAUUUACCCUCUGAGUCACGUGAGAAGGGGAAGCAUCUGGUGGCUGGUCAGUGCUUCCCCCGCUGCAGGGUGUUUUUGUGGCCUGGGACUGGUUAGCACCAACAAGUCCUGCUCAAUGCCACCCAUCAGUUUCCAAGACCUUCCCCUCAACAUCUACAUGGUCAUCUUUGGCACAGGCAUCUUCGUCUUCAUGCUCAGUCUCAUCUUCUGCUGCUAUUUUAUCAGCAAACUCCGGAACCAGGCACAGAGUGAGCGAUACGGCUAUAAAGAGGUGGUGCUUAAAGGUGAUGCCAAGAAGUUGCAGUUAUAUGGGCAGACCUGUGCAGUCUGUCUGGAAGACUUCAAGGGGAAGGACGAGCUAGGUGUGCUCCCAUGCCAACAUGCCUUUCACCGGAAGUGUCUGGUGAAGUGGCUAGAAGUACGCUGUGUCUGCCCUAUGUGUAACAAGCCCAUUGCUGGGCCCUCAGAGGCCACUCAGAGCAUUGGAAUCCUAUUGGACGAGCUGGUGUGAAUGCUGCCUCUACACCAAGGCCUGGAGAAGACCGCUUGCCUCAUGGGUGCCUGGCCCCUCCGCACAGCUACGGGUGAACAAGACUGGUGGGUGGUGACUGACGUGCUUACCUGAAGGGGCAGUAAUGCAGGGCUGGGCUCCCACCAUCAGGGGGAGGCCUGAGUCGCCCCACCUUUCUGCCUCCUGAAGCCUUCUUCAGCUACUCAGCACCUGCUACUCAGCACUGGCGUUGUCACCCAUCAAGAACGCUGUAUCCUGGUACCGGACUGUCUACCUGCCUGUCCCUGUGGGGGAAGCUGGGGAAGGCAAUCCACCCCUAUCUGGCCGAGAACUUGGAGCUCACCCCUUAGGAGGACUGGCUGCCCUGACCUAGAAGAAGGGAGGAGAUGGGCCCUGCCCCACCUGUAACCUGCCUCCCCUCUUCGCUUCUUCCACAGGAAGGGGAGAAGGGGAGGAAGGAACCAUCAAGGAACCAAGUGCCUCCAGUGCAAGCGAGGGAGGCUCUGUAGGAAAUCAGGAAGAACAGGGACACGGAAAAAGGAAAGUCAAUGUUUACAUGGGGCCUAUGGAAAUAAAGGCUUGGCCUGUAGGCCUGCUGACCACAGGGUAAUGGGGGGCGGAUGCCUUCCCUCUGCUAGGAUCUGAGGUGCUAUCCAUUCACUGUCUUCCUCAGCUGAUCUCAGAGCAUCCUAUUCCAUUUUGGGGUUAUAGUACCCCUCCAGAGGAAGGGCUUAUUUUACACUCAAAUGAAUUCCCAGGGGCUUUUUCUAAAGGAGCAAAAGGGGCCUGGGGAUGGGGGUGUCUGAAGGUUAAGGUGGCAACAGAUACCUUCUUCCCCUUUGUAAAUAGUAUUUUUAUACUUCAUCCUCACCAUCUCAGGCUUUAUACAUGGAAUCCCCUGAAUGGAGGGGGUGGGGUUUCCUCUCUCCUCUUCCCCCCGCAGAAUAGGUGAGGGUGGGAGAAAGGUAUGUAUUUAAAGAAAAUUAAAUUUAAUAACCAGUUUCUCUUUUUGCCUGUG